UUUUUAAUUUUUUUUUUUUAAGUUUAUGGUGGAGGGUUGUUUUUAGCUUCUCUACUCCUUUAAUCUCUAAUAUAAUCUUUAUUUAAUAUUAAUAAUAUUUAUCGCUCUCAGUGUACCCUUAAUAAUAAAUUCCCUUAUAUAAAGUUAUUUGCUUACUUCUGUUUACUAAUUUGUACUAAUUUCAGUUGGGUGUUGAAUCUUUCAAGACUAAUUCACCCGUUACACAAAAAAACCUCUAGUAUAAUAUUUAAGACUUUACGACCCGCGGUUCGUUUGUUUAAUCAGGUUUAUUCUAUUGCCUUAAAAAACAACUCCUUGGGUUUAUUAAUUCCCAUCACGUUUUUGCUGGGCAAAAUCUGAUGCGCAACUAAUUUACAAAUAUAUAAAAAAGAGCUUUAAAAAUGACCACGCAACAAUCAGAAUUGAAUAAAGAUUCGUAUUCUACUGGGAACAAUUCUGGUGGUUCGCCCCAACAACACGAAGCUAGAUACUUUUCUUCUAAAAGAGCCAGAGAAAUUCAAGCUGAAGAGGGUAUCACGUCACCUUAUCGUCCUAGCGCCCUUCCUCCCCCGUCGUUCUCUACAAACGGUGCUUUUAAUAAUGGAACGCUUCUUUCGGAUUCUGCUGCUAAUACAUCAAUUGAAUUUUUGAAUUUAAAAUCAGUUGGUACUAAAGUCUCUACCUCAAAUGGUGGUGGACAAGAACAUAUCUCUUCAUACCCUUCUUCUUUUCGUCGAACACGUGCGGAUACUUUACCCUCUUCUUUAUCACGUCCUCCUAUUCUUCAUGGACAUAGCCCCACAUCAUCUUUGUCAAUGAGUUCAUCAUCUACUACGAAUUUACUUACUCCUCCUAAACCCAAUUCUCGUCUUCGUUCAGGAUCACUUACACAAUUACCAUCAUCAUCUCUUUCUGCUGCGUUUGGACCAUCUAUUUUUACUUCUGGAUGGUCAGAUCAUCGAAGUGAAUCAAAUGGUCCUCCAACUCCACCUAUGCAAACUCCAACCACAGGUGAUUUGCUUCGUGGUGAUGAAAAUAACACAGUUAGUAAAACUUUAGAUUAUUUAGGUUUAGAUGAUCACGAACAUGGUGGAGGUUCAGGAAUGUCUAAAAUUCCUACAAGUGCUGGUAAUCUUCCACAAAUAAAGGUUGAAAUGAAAAAUUCAGCUCCUUCUUACACUUCAUCCAGCGGUAGUAUUCCAAAUAUACCUGCUCUUCGUAGAGAUGCGAACAGAAUACGUUCAUAUUCUGUCUCUGCUACUGCUAAAUACGAUGAACCACCCGUAACUUCUACAAUUACUACAAAUAAUUUAUUCCCUCCGGGUUCCGCUGCAGUUCAGCAAUUUCAUCAAACUCAUUCUAGACCCCGUGCAAUUAGUUUGGGAAUUUUGGACCUACCUAAUGAUAUUGUGAUGAUGCGUCAAAGCAGAAACAACCAAAUGUAUAAUGAUUUAUCUGAUUCAAAUCAAGGUAUGGGAACUACAAAUCCUUCCAGAUCACUUGGAGGUGAACAAUUAUUAGGAAUGAUGCUUGUUGGUGCUAUGGAAGGUAAAAAGAAACAACAACAAGCAAUUCAUGAUGACGAUUAUUUGUUAGCGGAUCAUGAUGAUAUGGAGGUCCCUCGAUCUAGUAUUUCUAGUCCUCGUGAUCAUACGCCCGAUCAUUCUCAACAAAGUACUCCUCCCCCACAAACACCAACUCGUUCUCUUUGGAUUGGAAAUAUUGAUCCGACUCUUAGCACCCAGGAUCUUAUGCAACUUUUUUCGCCAUAUGGGACCAUCGAAAGUCUCAGACUUUUGCCUGAUAAAGAAUGUGGUUUUGUUAAUUUCGUUCGCGUCGAAGAUGCUAUUAGAGCUAAGGAUGAUAUUAUGAAUAGAAUGGGAGGCCGGGUUGGAAAUUGUAUUGUUCGCGUAGGUUACGGGAAGGCUGAUGCAUUAAAUAAUCAUGACCUUUCUCCUUCAUCUCAAACUCAACUUCAACCCACACGAGCUCUCUGGGUCGGAAAUAUUCCCACUUCUACUACUCCUCAGGCAUUACAGAACAUUUUUUCACCAUAUGGUGCUAUUGAAUCGGCUAGAGUGCUUACUCAUAAGAAUUGUGGAUUUGUAAAUUUUGAAAAGUUAGAUGAUGCUGUCAAAGCUAAGAAAGCUUUGCAUGGUAAAGAAGUUCUUGGAAGUGCUGUUGGACCUGUCAGGAUUGGUUUUGCAAAAGUUCAACCUAAACCUUCGCCCACGUCAACUCCUGAACCAGGUUCUCCGGCCACGCGCCAUAUCAGAAACCUUUCAUCAUCAUCAUCAUCAUCUAAUAAUCAAAAUUCUGGUCAAUGGAACGGACAAGUUGAAAAUUAUCAUAAUAAUAUGAUAAGGAUGAUGAUGGCGGGCGCAGCAAAUGCUAAUAAUGGCCUUACUGAAAAACAAUCAAUGAUGCGCGAAUUAAGCGGUGGAGUUGAUGAUGAUAUCGAUGAUAUUCUUGAAAAUCGCCCUGCCGCAACGUAUUUCACUUCCAUUCCACCUGUUGGAGAUCCUAAUCCAAACCGCAAACCGGAUGCCUCUAGAUUAAGAGAAAUUCGAAAACGUUUAGAUAGUGGACAUUGUUCUGCUAAAGAAGUAGAAGCUAUUGCUGCUGAAGUAUUAGACGAAUGUGUUGAAUUAUCAAGUGAUUACAUUGGUAACACCGUUAUUCAAAAAUUAUUUGAACGUUGUUCUGAGAAUACCAAAACUAAAAUGUUAGAAAAGAUCGCACCUCAUUUAGCUACCAUUGGUAUUCAUAAGAAUGGGACUUGGGCUGCACAAAAGAUUAUUGACUGUGCCAAAACUCCUGCUCAGAUGCAACUUAUCACUUCCAAUGUUAAGGCAUAUACUCCACCACUACUUUUGGAUCAAUUUGGAAAUUAUGUAGUGCAAUGUUGUUUACGUCUUAGUCCUCAACGUAAUCAAUUUAUUUUCGAUGCAAUGGUAGACCGAUGUUUGGAUAUAGCGCAAGGUCGUUUUGGAGCUCGUGCCAUGAGAGCCUGUUUAGAAAGUCAACAUGUAACAAAAAAACAACAGAAACAAGUAGCCAUUGCUAUUGUAAUGAAUGCAGUACCCCUUUCAACUAAUCCAAACGGCGCAUUAUUGUUAACGUGGAUGCUUGAUACCUCUUCAUUUCCUGGCCGUUAUCGUAUUUUAGCUCCACGCCUUUCUCCCCAUUUGGCACACUUGUGUACACAUAAGCUUGCAUCGUUGACUGUUCUUAAGAUUGUCAAUCAACGACAAGAGGCAGACGCACGUGAUCUUACAAUCGCCUCAUUAUUUUUCUCUGCAAAUGACCAAGUUUUAGAAGAUGUGCUUAGCGAUCAAGUUCAUGGUGUUGGUGUUGUUCAAAAAGUAUUAGCUAGUCCAUAUGUAGAUCCUACCGAAAAAACACGAUUGGGAGAAAAAGUAAAAUAUGUGUUAGGUAAACUAAAGGUUCAACAGGUACAAGGAUAUAAACGUCUGCUUGAAGAAUUAGGUAUGGUGGGAGAUCCUUCUCUUGGCAGUACACCAUUGAAUCCUGGACCUUCUCAAGUCGGUAUCCCUCCACAAGGUGUGUUUCCGAGCCCUUUGCCACCAGAUCUUGCAGCCGCCGCCGCCUAUUAUGCAGCCGCGCAAGCUGCUUUUGCAAAUCAACAAUUGCAGCAAGUCGCUUCAGGAACAACUUCAUCAGAAAGUAAUGGUUCUUCUCACGAACAAUUGGGAUCUCAAUCUUCAAUAAAUCCUACCUCAAGCGAAGGAUCUUCAUCAAAUUCGACUGCAACUUCCACAACUAUGGCAUCUACGCCUUCAUCGGCAUAUCCACCAACACCCAUGUUUAUGAAUAAUAUGCCAAUGUCUCCUCAUCCUCAUUCGCCAUUUCCACCUACUUCACCUUAUCCGCACAUGAAUCCUUUCCCGCCUUUCAUUCAUCCAUCCACACUAGCAGCAGUAGCUGGGAUGUAUCAUCCUGCAAUGUUUAGUCCUGCAGCUGCAUAUCCUUAUAUGCUCGCGGCUUCAAGUGCGAUGCCACCACCUAUGAUGAAUACAGCACCACCCACGCCAGGUAAUACUCAAAAUGCACAAAUGCUUGCAUUCUUACAACAGCAACAACAAUUAUUGCAGCAACAGACAAAUAGCCAACAAUCUCAGCAACAACAGCAACAAUCCCAAGAACAGCCAUCGCAGCAACAACAACAAUCACCGUCUAUCGGUAGUGAUGCGCAGGCGCAAUCAUCGCCACAAAUCAUUGCCGAGUCGCUUACACAAUCUUCGGUUGGUCAAGUUGAAGUUCCAGUUCAAGCUCAACAAUAAAUAAGAGACUAUGCACUCAAAUUCCUUAUUAUAUACAGUAUAUAUAUAUUUUUUAUUAUAUAGAAGGUUUUUUUAUAUAUUGAAGGGAUCAGGGUAUUCUGAUGACGAGUUAAUCUCUAAUUCGGAUUUUUAUUCUUAAAUUUAUUUUACGGUAAUGAUUUUUUAAAAAAAAAUUUAAGAACGAAAACAAGAACUUAUUAUUAGUAUAUAUUAUAUAAAAGUAUAUUUAGUUUUUUUUUUUUCGUUCUACGUAAUGUAAUUUCUGAAAUGGUUAUUUUAAACAAUUUUGGUUUUAUCUAUUUACUUAGACAUAUUAUGUAUUUUUUUUUUAUGCAGUAUAU